UGGCGCUGAUCGUCAUGUACCUGAUGAUCGACUGCUCCGAGGUCGACCGGCUGGACGUGGGCGGGCACGCGCUGGCCGGCUACCGGCGCCACCGGACCCCCACUGCGCUUGAGAUGGGCCUGCUCAAGACGUGUAUCUGCGCUCGGUUCGCCCAGUCGCUGGUGAUGGGCGCUUACGCCUUCCACCAGAACCCGGCCAACGAGUACGUCAUGACCACGGCCGUCAACGGCUGGACUGCCUUCAGACGCAUCUGGGAGGAGCCGCAGGAGCGCCUGUACGCUCGCUGGGAGGCCAUUGGACGGCAGAAUGGCCGCCAGUAGGCCGCAGAUACGCGGCUCUGUG